CUUGAUACCGACCCGCGGAUCUCCAAGGGUGUGCAUCCAAAUCAGCCUUUUGGUGAAGGCGUGCUCUUCUACGACCGUCCCUCGAUGCUGGAAGCCUAUAAGACCCUUCUCUCAGAGGAUGGCAUGUCAAUGGAAUUACGUGCGGAGCAGCAUCCGACUCAGUUCUUGUGGAACCUUACCGCACAUACCUCACGCCUUCCCGUCCUCCUUAACUGGUACCCUAAUACCCUGACGCUCAAUUCACGACUUGUUCGUCUCGGUCUGCCCGACUGUGUCGCUCUGCGCGCCCGCACCCCCAUCAACUCCUCUGUCGACUCUGCUUGUGCCUUUGAAGUCAAUCAAUUGGUAAAGGUCUCCUGGGCUGGCCUUGCGGAGGCAGCUCCCCUUGUCACCCAACUAAUUGACAGGUUCCAUAUCAAACAGACUGACUACAUUCAACUCCUUCGCCAUGUUAGCCCCGACCUCCUAAACUACACUGAUGCAGUAGAGCGAGGUGAGAAGAGGCAGUUUCGUGCGCGUUUUCGCGAAAUGGCCUGUCGGUGGCUGCGGAUGCAUCGACCGAGGUGGGAACAGUGGACCGAAGGGUGGAACGUUAAGAAGGAGAUCAUUAUUGGGGGCAUGUUUACAUUUACCGGCACCGAGGAGUUCAAUGAUUUGGCUCCCAGUAAGCUACCCCUUCCUUUACCCCUUUUGAUUCAUUAUUCCUCCCGUUUUGUGACUAGACGCUCCUAUUGUGUUCCCCUCCUCUACGCAUCACAGAUUUGUUACUUUGCCUAUAAUGAAAACUGGUUUUGCUCAAUCUCCUUCUGCACAGACGCCUUCCAUGCAGUGGACGUUCUGAACGGCGAUGAAAAAUAUUUUGGCAAUUCAGAGUUUGCCAUUCGUCUCCAAAUUCGCAAUCUCACUUGCUCCCAGAACGUGGUGCUCAACGACUUCUUCAAUUUCCUUACCGUUAACCCCAACAAUGAAAGCAUUCUUGGGGUGAUUCUUGCUCUUUGCCCUGAUGCUAUUGAGGCGACUGUGCGGUUGGCGAACUUGCGUCGAGUGCUUGUCAUCUCGCCCACUGUGGAGUCUGCCUCCUUUCUGUGGCAGAAACAUUACAAAUUCUUCUUUCGCACCAUUCCUUCCGCUUACACUGCCAGUUUCAUCUUCAUACGCCUGUUCCAGCAGUGGCGGUGGAAAAGGGUUGCGAUGUUUCGGAAGGAUGAUCAUUAUUUCUAUCGCGAUGCCUUCACUGCCAAUAACAUCACCUUGGUGGAUGACUUUGAGGUGAAGGAGUCGAUGCUCACCUAUGCCGUUGCUCAAAAGGCACCUUGUAGCUAUUUGACUGUCAAAUCCCUCUCCUGUGUUUUGGUUGACUACGUUCAUUCUUCCUUUGGCGCACAGAAUGUCAUGUCGGUGAAACAGCGCAAUGGACGAAUCAUAAUAGUGGAUCAUUCGGCCGCGGCAACCGCUAUUAUCCUUUGCGCCGCAUUUCAUCUGAACAUGCGCGCUGAGAAGGGUUACGUAUGGUUUCUCAGUCCUUGGCUUUCCAAAAACUUCUGGGAAUCCCCCGAAGUGGUCCCUCCUGAGUGCAGUGCCAAUGAUCUUAAAGUCAUGCAUGACUACUCCUUCAGUGUCUCCCAUCCUCUUCACACCGGUGCUGUCACUCACUCCAAUCUCAUGACCUCCAUGAGUGGACCUAAUCGAUCCUCCGAGACAUCCAGUGGGGUAUCUGUUUUCAUACGCACUUUUAUUUUUUUUCAUCAAAUUAAACUUCUGAAGCGUUCGUCAAUCGAAGAGUUAUUUGCUCUUGAAAGGCGCCUACGGACGUUUGUGUCGAAAACUCACAUGGAGUACUCGAGCAGGGGCUACCUGGACAAGAAUGCAGUCUCCUUUUUCAGUAACAACGUGGACCAGUUAGGUGAGACCUUGGUCUAUGAAUUCGGCGUCACUCCACCCUCUCCACCCGCGCCGCCACAGACCUCACCGCCUGCCUAUGACGAGGAUCCGCUUGCCAGCACUGUUCAUCAGCUAAGCUUUGAUUCGCACAACGAUCGUCUCCUGGAGGCGUGGUUGCUGAAACAGAUUCAAGAUAAAACAACUGUUCCCAUUACUCUUUGGUCCUUUAAUGGACCUCUUGGCGGAGAUGAGGAUGGCGAGUCAAAUCUGCUGUCAAAAGAGAGGUUUCGACCGCAUUCCAGCAGUGGUGGUUACUCCUCAUCAUCAUCUCGAGGUGUAUGGAGCGGAGGUAAGGAGAACGGAGAAGAGGGCGAGGACAAUGGAGCAGAGGAUAGCCGAAACGAUGCGAUUGCCUUCAAGACUUUUGUAGACAACCUCUUUGAGAAGCCUUACGAUAAACCGCGCUGGGGUGGGGGCGGCUCUCUACGUCCCACUGAUGGCUCCAUAACUGAGGCUGAUUGCGCCUUCAGCUUUCUUUCGCGCUGGUUUGGUGUCAGUUGUGUUGUUGGCAACUGGAUAUUCGCCAUGGGCGUUCUUCUCAUCAUUGCCAUACCCGUUGUUGCCAUUGUGCUUGCCUACUUCCGGCGACGUCUGCGAGAGGCGGAAAAGCUCACUCGGAAGCCCUAUGAAGAACUCUGUGCUCUUUUGGCUGAUGUCAAUGUGCGUCUCUCCGUUGACUUGAACGCUUCAUUUUUUACCAUCUCAUUGAGGUGGCGCCUGAUUGUGAGCUGCUGUCAGUACUACUGGCAACAUCGUCCCGAGUCAAUGCUUCAGGUCAUAGAGGAGAUACGGGCCAACGAGAAUUGCAUUCGACCCUACCUUACCGACGAACCACCUACUCUGGAGACCACGGCGAUUCCAUUCCUUCCUGGUCCGGGUGCGUGCAUAAUGCCAGAGCCACCGUCGGUUCCACAGCCCGCCUUCUCGGCACCAAUGGGAGCACGUGCUUGGGUUGGCGGUGCGCCCUUUAUGAAUCCCUCUGCGCCCUUUACGGAGCCUCCCUCAGCUGGCGAUGGGCCUCAGCGCUAUACUGUAGCCAAUAGCAGCAGUGCAGGCUGCGGCGGUGGUGGAGGGUGUAGUCAGAAGGUCUCUUUCUCCUCUGCCAACUCCUCCUCCUCUCUUACUUCCAACUCCGCCUCCUCUAGGCGACCCCACAACACCACCACAAGCAUCGGGCAAACUCCGGUGAGACGUGCCCCACCUCCCACUUCCGUCUAUGCGCCACCUGGACACCCCGGUUAUCAGCCUACGGAUGAAUUUAAUCCUCUCCUCAACCCCUCCAAUCGAUCAAUAUCUCUGGAGUUCCUGCAAAAGUCCGACUUCCACCUCCAAACACCGCCGCUGAAGAGAGCGAACGACAGUGACGUCGAAGGGGAGUUAGAACGGAUCGGCGAGAGCGGAGACGUUGACCUUCGACGUGAGAUGGAGGAAGAGGAAGGUGAGACGGAUUGUCGAGAUCGCAGCACUACGCAUCAGUGCACCUCCUGCCCCCAGAAACCCAGUCUUUUGAGUCGCAGUCCUUUCGGUGUUUCCAUGGCUCCAUGUAGUGGGAUACGACGGCACCAUCAGCAUAGUGGGAACUUCUUUGCCCGCACAUUUGCGGCUGCAUUGGAUCCGCGCGGUGGAACUGGGAAGUCACACUCACGACGACCUGUGGGAAUGGCCUCCUUUCUGCGCAGCGAUCAGUCAUCCUCUAUGCGAAUGCGACUACUUCCCUCUCUUCGACAUCAUCACCAACAGCAUCACUUUCACCACACUGCAGCUGCUGCCGCCUCUUCUUCCCCAUCCACCUCGCGGAAUGAACUCACUGCCAAAUCUCUUCCUCAGGUAAGUAGCACCAACUGCCGCGCCUCAACAACAGUGUCGAUGACGAAGGCGUCACGGCGAAGUGCAUGUAGCUCGGCGGGAGACGCGCAUUACUUGGCGCGGCCACCCCGACCUGCAGCUGCAGCUUUCUCCACUUCCGCCUCGGGAUCAACCUCAGUAGCGGUGGCUGUAGGGUCACCUCGAGGUCAGCGACUGCCCAUGGUGACACAAAACGGCGCCGCGGGUUUAAUCACCUCCAGCGGGAGCAGUCCCACCUUCUCCUACCCGUCCCCACCCCCUCCGCCUCCACACAACUUUUUUGUCUAG